GUGCGCGCGACGGCUCGAGUGCGUCAGUUGCAGAAGUAGUUGGUGAAGGUGGGCCCACUCGACAUGUCUGAGGCUUCCUAGUGGUGGUCAUACCGGCUGAGUUCACAACUCACCCGUGGCCGACUGUCAUCAGUGCUACGACUCGCCCCUGACUGCCCCAAAUAGUCACCACUCCGUUAUUCGGUAGAGGAUCUGCCAAGAAGGACCACGCUCCUGACAACAACGACUCAUAAGCACAAUCACGAAUCGCGGCUCUUGAAGAGGCCACUCUGAUGAUCGCCCGUCACACUCGAACGCAGCUCACUCCGCCUCUCCAACCUUUCCCGCUCAGCAGGUACUGAUUCACAAAACGUCCUCUUCCCCUCUUCGCGACAUACAACCUUGCUCGAUCGCUCUAAUCGACUCUAAGCUGCUGACACUAUGCGUAGCGCAGGCAUAUCCGUCUUUGUCGUCGUUUUGACCACGGCGCUCGCUUCCGCAGCUGUCCAUGCCUCGUCUUCAAACCCUGAGCCUUCCGCCGAGGUGCCCAAAAUCCACAUUGGUACGCCAGUCGAUCUGGACCAAGACAGCGCGUCUCCCGAAUUGAACAACAAUGUAGCAGCCACGAACAUUCCCAAGGUGCAUCUCGGCAUCAAACCGAAUCAAGCGCUGCAUUUUGACUCUCCUGAGGUACACGUCGGGACGCCUGCUCAAGGAAGCACGGCUGCUUCCGAUCCUCACAGAAGAAGAUCUGGUUGUAGCAAGCGAUCCAUGUCGCGGAGACAUGCGGACCACAGCGAGGGAGAGAACAAGAUGCUCGUCCGACCGAAUUUUUGGGCAGAAAAACCUCAGGAGCGCUCUCAUCUCUCGGAGAAGGAUCAAAAGUACAAGCAGAAAUUGGAGCGCAUCGAGUGGGCGAAGGAGCAAGCUCGGCACCCUCCCGAGUCGUACGAAGAGGAUGGCGAGCAUCCGCUCCCCUGAACACCGCGAGAUGACGCAUCGACUCUUGGAGCCGCAGCACCACUCUAUCAUCGAGCGUGUACGUCGUUCCAUCGCAUUCUUACACACUACCAACUCGUUGCGUCCGGCACUUCUUGCGAAUGUUGAGCCGGCGUUCAACAUGACAGCAAAGACGCUUCCGUUUCCGUCUUGUCUUGACAGCACGACUCGUAUCUAUUCUCGUCUCUUCCCCCGCAUCCACGUAACCGCAAUCCUGGAGAUUGUCAUCAGUCAGAUCCACUCUCGCUUUGUAUCUUGAUCACCAAUCAGAGCACCUCGCACAUGCUUCCCUCUGCUUGAAAGGGCUUGAAAUCGUGCGGAGGGAGCUGUGUACGCCUUUUGAGAUCAAAGGAGUCACGGACUAUAAGUAGGCGAUGCAGAUGCUCG